AUGGCUAAUUCCAAGCCUCGUGCUAGUUACGAUGAAGUGAAGAGAGAUGUCGAGGAGUCUGCUACUCACGGACAGCGCAUGUUGGACGCACUGCAAGAGGAGGACAUCAAGCCUUUCCGGAAAAGUUUCUUGCGUCUGUAUGCGUGCAUCUUUGUCGCAUAUCUCUGCUCAGCCACCAACGGGUUUGAUUCUAACACAUUUGGAGGCCUCUCGGCAAUGAUUACUUUCACUGAUUACUUUGGCAUCAAUACUAGCAACCAAGGCCUUGUGGCGGCUCUAUAUGUCAUUGGCAAUAUCAGCGGCUCAUUAGUUGCAGGACCCUGCGCAGAUAUAUGGGGCCGGCGCAUGGGUAUGGCCAUUGGGUCUGCUAUUUGUGUUAUUGGAGCAGCUGUCCAGGCCGCUGGCCAAAACCUAGACAUGCUUAUGGGAGGCCGCUUUAUCCUAGGACUAGGAGCUGGCAUUCUUCAAAGCGCUGGCCCGGCAUAUGUGGUUGAAAUGUCGUAUCCCAAGUACCGAGGGCAGCUGACUGGAGGAUUCCAGGCUUGCUUCUUUCUUGGAACUAUUGUGUCAACCUUCUUAGAGUACGGCCUAAGCUUUCACAAAAAUAUCGGAUCAGCUGUUUGGAGAUUACCGCUUGCUGUUCAGGGCGCUCCAUCGGUUCUAGUGCUCUUUCUCGUUUGGUUCAUUCCUGAAAGCCCUCGUUGGUACAUUGCCAAUGAUCAAAUGGACAAAGCCCGCCAAAUCCUCAUUGAGUACCACGGCGAUGGGAAUCCAUCUUCAAUGGUGGUUGCACUGGAACUAGAGGAGAUGCAACAAGUCAUUAGCCACGAUGGGACCGAUAAGAGAUUCUGGGAUAUUCGCGGUCUUUUCAAUACUCGGGCAGCGUGUUAUAGAACAUUUCUCGUCACCUGCAUGGCAUGGUUUGGUCAACUGGAUCUUCCACCUACCAGCUACUAUUUUCCGUUAAUGGGUAUGAUAUUCGCGUUCCACAUCUCAGAUCACUGCUAA